AUGUCGUCAACCACGAGUGGAAAAACUGCAGCAACAUUGUCUCCUCUUCUGUUGAGGAAGGGUAUAAAAGGAAUAGCUGGGGACGUAAAGUCCGUCAAACCUUUGGGAUCUGGCGAUCUCCUAAUCGAAGUUUUUCGCAAACAACAGGCGAUUAACCUACUGGGUACCACCAGUUUUGGAGGUAUCAGUGUUAUAGUGAAAGCACAUCCAUCACUAAACAGCAGCAAGGGGGUAAUCAGAUGCCCCGCCCUGCGUAAUGACGCUGAUGCCGCCAUACUGGAGUACUUCCAGGAGGAGGAGAUCCCAGUCUCUGAGGUGCGACGGAUUUUGUCCAAGAAGAACAACAAGUUGGUUCCAACAGACACAUUUGUACUGACCUUUGCUACCCCAUCACUACCUUCGGCCGUAGUGAUUGGUUACCAAAGGUGCAGUGUCUCCGUCUACAUCCCUAAUCCAUUAAGAUGCCGUAACUGCCAGAAGUACGGACAUCAUGAAAAAAGAUGUAGGUGGAAGACCGUUUGCCAGUACUGUGGUCGUGAAGGUCAUGAGGACCAAAGCGACUGUGAUAUUGCCAACCUGCGUUGUGUUAAUUGUGAGGGAAAGCAUGCUGCUUCGUCUCGAGACUGUCCUGCCUGGAAUCGCGAGAGAGAGAUAUUGCGGGUCAAAUUUACCCGAAAUGUCUCCUUCCCCGAGGCUAGGAGGAUAGUGGAGAGCACGGACGUGGCUGCUCCCUCAUAUGCACAAGUGACGAAAGUCCGGUCGCCGGUUGACAGUGUCGCAGUCAAGGAUGCUUCAGUUCAAGUAUCUGCAGACAUACCUGCCUGGGGCUCACAAGUCCCAGACAUGUCUGGCCAAGAUAACUUGAAAAUCCUCACGGGAGACCCAUCUCGUUUCACAGACCAGGGGAAGAAAACCAAAAGAAUGGAAAUUUUUCUUUUGAGUAAGUCAAAUGACGACUUCAUUCCGACACAAGUUGAGAUAACCGCCUACAACGCUGUGUGUGGCUAUGGACGGUCGACGCAUGGCAACUCCAAGACCAACAGCAGGCCGUACAGACGAACAAAACCGGAGGUGCUGACAGAAGUUGGAAAACUGUCAGAAACCAUGGGUCCUCGCAAUGUGUAG